AUGAGGUUCGGUCCGGGGUACUCUGCGUCUGUCAACCCCGCAACCAACCCGCCUGCGCCCGUUGUCAACUGGAAUGGCGCGCCUCUCGCGCAUGAUACGCACCAGGGUACAAUCCCCCCCCUCACCUACGUGCCGGCCACUCAGAGCGUGCAACUCGGUCCGGAGUACUCUGUGUCUUUAAACCCCGCAACCGACCCGCCUUCGCUGGCCAUUGUCGACUAUAAUGGCAGGCCUGUCGCGCCCACUUAUAACGCGGACGGAUCCGCUACCGUUGCCGGGUACACCGCGCACCGAAACGGCACCAUCACUGGUCCGGGCGGCCUUGCCAUCUACCUUGGUGCUGGCAAUGCCUUGUUCUCCAUGGGAACAACAACAGUCCUGAAAAACGGAACCAUCGUGGACGGUUCGGGAAAAAAGCUCGUGCCUACCAAAAGACCAGACGGGUCGUACACAGCAGGGGACCUGACUGGGUGGCCUAGUAUCGGCAUAAUCAUUGGCAGCGGCGGCGCCGUGAUCAACGCCGGUGCGCCGCUUACCGUCACAGUAGACGGCAGCGUCGCUUUCGCUCUGGACGUUGCUCCUAUUCCCCUCCCUGGCGUCGCCAUCUCGGUCAACCCUGCCACCCGCAGCUUGCGGUUCGGAGGCUAUACACUGUUGUUGAACGGCAAUAAGCCCUCCCUCCUAGACUGCUUGAGCCGGCCUGUCCGAACCACUGCCAACCCUGAUGGGUCCCUCUCUCUUGGAAACUACACCCUUUACAAGAACGGCACUAUUGCUGCUCCCGAUGGGAUUGCCAUUGACACUGUUGGUCCCAACACGGGGCUGCGUGUGGGAACAACGACGGUUUUGAUAAACGGAACGGUUCUGGACGGUUCGGGAGCGAAAAUCACGCCGACGGGGCCGAAUGAGGACGGGUCGUACAGUGCAGGGGACGUUAAAGGGUGGACCAAUGGUACUAUUAUUAGCACCAAGUCCGUAGGUUGUUCUGACCUGAUGCUGUUUUCCCUGCUGUUCCCCCUCGCAUUGGCAGGUUCGCUUGCUUCACCACCCACUGCUCUCACCGCUCUCAUCACUCUCGCCCUCUCCCCGCUUGUGUUCAUAUAG